AAUAUUUUUUUAUAUGAAAGUAAAAAACAAAAAAUAACAAGCUGAUAUAUACAUGGUGUCUGUCACCACCACAUUCCCACUCAUUCAUUUCCUUCCACAAUUUACUCUUCUCCAUUGCUUUCUACUCAACCCGCUUCUCUUUAACCUUUUCUCCUUUUUUUUUUUUCUUUUUCUUUUUCUUUUUCUCUUCCUUUUAAACUACUAGUUUUUAUUUUCAUCGCCACCUUAAUCUGUUAAUUUGCAAAGGGUAUAUUCAAUGGAAUCUACAUGCUUUGGUUCGAAUGAGGAAGUCUCACUAAAGCAAAAAAGGAAAUCCACUACAGAAGAGAGAACAAUCUCUAGUAGUGAGAAUGGUUGCUUCGAUUGUAAUAUUUGCUUAGAAUCAGCACAUGAUCCUGUGGUUACACUCUGUGGUCACCUGUAUUGUUGGCCAUGUAUAUACAAGUGGCUUAAUGUCCAAACCUCUUCUGUUGAACUGGAUAAGCAGCCGACAUGUCCAGUUUGUAAAGCUGAGAUCUCCCAUGCUUCAUUAGUCCCACUUUACGGCCGAGGAAAAUCUAAUUCUGAAUCUGAAACCAAGAAACUCCAGGUAGGUUUAGGUAUACCUCAUAGACCACCCCCGUACAACUUGAAUGCUAUGUUAACUUCUAAUCGUGCAUCAAAUUCACAUCAUGGUGAGCAACUCCGUCCGAAUUAUUUCCAGUCACAAUCGCGGCCGAUUCAUUAUCAGCACUACAUCCCUCACCUUUAUGGAGGUUAUGGUGCCAAUGGAUUACCUUAUCUUGGUGGUGCUGCUAUGACCAGUUUCUUCGAUCCUGUGAUCGGUUUGUUUGGAGAGAUGGUGUUGACAAGGAUUUUCGGUGUCUCUGAUGCAAAUGUGUUUGCUUAUCCUCAAAAUGGAAGCACCAGUCCUAGAAUGAGGAGACAGGAGAUGCAGAUUGACAAGUCUUUAAACAGAGUUUCUAUAUUUCUUCUUUGUUGUUUUAUUUUGUGUCUUCUCUUGUUCUGAAUAUGUUUCAUUUCAGACUGUAUGUAUAGUCACUUAUCAUGUGUGUAGUACUGAAUAUUGAUGCCCUUGGAGGAUCUACUAUAGGUUGUGUGUUCAUGUAGAUAUGUUGAGCUUGUUUUCUGAUACUUAUGACAUACGUGUAACUAAAUGAAAGUGUAUGUAUGUUCCUGAUCCGCGGAGCAAAAUGGCAUUCCAACCA